AUGGAGACUUUCGACUUGAAUUCGCUGUUUGGGGUGCGGAGGUGCUUCAAACUGUCCGAUUGCGUGCAAACCGGCCUCGUUCUUCUGAAACCGAUUGCUUCGGCGGUUUUCCGUCGUCUGCAGGGAGACACUAUUGUAAAAUCGCGAGUUCGACGGGCCAAUCUAGGUCGAUGUCAAUGUGUCGCGGCCCCUGAGGCUGUAGCUCCGACGGCGGUACAUGGCGGCCAUGGAGACUUGUUGAGCAACUUUGGUGUGUUGUCUCCUAUGUACCUCAUGAUGGCUCUGUUUUUGCGUCGUGGUGGUGGCUGUCGCUGGGGGUGA